AUGACAUCGGACUGGGCCGGUCUCGAGUCUCUUGGUAAGCAUUUCGCAGCCUGCUUAGGCCAAUCUGCGGAUGUGGUCGAUAUUGAUGUCGAGCUCUGUGAAAAGGGUGUUGUCAGUAGUGGCAUUGUGAUUGCACCGGCCACUCUGCCUCUAUCCCAGGAUCCAUCCGAUGCCAAGGUCGGAAUGUAUCAGACCUACGCCAUCAACACCAUUGCCCCAAUCAGACUUGCCCAGAGCGUCAUUGAGUACUGGCUGCAGCCCGAACACCGGCAUCUCGCUGGUAAUGUUCUCUGGAUCGCCAGCAUGGCGGGCUAUGUCCACGGUCUUAUUACUCCGUUCUAUUACUCGAGCAACUCUGCUGUUGUCAGCAUGUGCAAGUCCUUGGGUUCCCUGGAAAAGAUUGCUGGCAUCAGCAAUGUUGCCAUCUGCCCCGGAGUCGUUGAUACCCCAAUCUUUCUACCUUGGUAUAGUUGA